AUAUAGGCAAAGCUGCUUUUGCAAGAUUCGGUGACAAUGAUAAAGUCAAAGGUAUAAUCACCUUUGUUGAGGAGUUUGACGUUGGCGCUACUCAUCGAGUGCUAAUUACAGUUGCAGUGUUCUCCGAUGGUUUUGUGAGCCCGAAUAUUAAUGAUUAUAGAUUUUUCAUUGGAAACAAUGAGGUGACCAAUGAUUUUUUCGGCUUGAGCAUUGAUUCUCCUAGAGCCAAAUUUUCUGAUUGCAAUGUUAGUAUCGAUGGACUUAAAGUUAAGGAUAUCAUUGGAAAGCAAUUCCUUAUUACGUUAAACGAUAAAAAAAUUGGCCGUGAUAAAAUUUCAGCUUAUUAA